AUGAAUUGUAAUAAACGAAGCAAAGAAUCGUUUGAAAGUCGAGAACAGCCACAACAUCAUAAAGAUCAUGUAGAUUCAGUACUAUUAAAAUUACCAGGUUUUGAUAUAAUUAAUUCUGUUGUCAUUGAUUCCAUGCAUCUAUUAUAUCUUGAUGUAAUGAAAACUUUAUUGGAGAAAUGGUUUCUUCAAAAGGAAGAUUUGAGCAAAUUAAUUCAUUUGAUACCGUGUUCAUGGAUCUUCUCAGAUGAAAGAGGAGUAGUCUGCAAAUAUCCUGACCAUGAAGACUACCAGAAGUUACCAUAUUGGGUUGCAUCAUUGCAAAAAGCAGACAAAAAAUGGAACAGUUUUUCCAUCGAAGUAAUGUCCUAUGCAAGUACUUAUAAACAAGGGAAACGGAGAUUAAAAUGUGCUUAUACAGACACGGAAAUACGAAGCACGGACUGUGAAAAUGCUUCAUUAAAUAAGUCAUUGCCAAUUGUAUUGCAUAAUGAUGAUUUGGGGAAAGAACUCGACGAUGUGCAAUCGAUUAUCCCUAGCUCCCAGAGUGGGAUAGAGGAAUGUAUAUCAAAUAUUGGUAACAGAGCGUCGACGCCAAAAGAAAAAACGUUACCAAAAACGUCAGGAAAUCAAAUGCAAAAGGAAAAGUCAAAGAGGACACACAGUAAUUUUUCAGGUUUUAUUCAGGUUUUACUUAUUCCUCCUUUAAGCAUUCCUCCUUUAUGCAUUACAGCCACAUUUCAUUAUCUUUUCGUUUACCAGGGGGUCAAUCAUGUAUUUUCACGUGAAACUUUCCACAUUUUAUUUUUCACUUUUCACUUUUCAUUUUUCACUCAUCGAGGUCUCACGUGAAACUUUUCAUAUAACAAUUACAUAUGCGAUAUUGCAUGGACAACUGAGCAAUCCAUAUAAUCUAUAACCUAUAAUAAUA